AUGGUCAAGGCUAAAAUCAACUUUAAAUAUUGCGUUAUAUUCCCUGGCCUGGGCGAGACGGUGCCCAAUGGUUACGAGCUUUUAGAAUUAACACCAUCUGGUUUACCAGCGGAUGUGAACCAUGGAUCAGUGCGGUCGCCGGAAUGUUACCUUUGCAUACGCCGCGGGAGAGAUCGAGCGCCACUCGUCGAUAUCGGUGUCAUGUACGACGGCAAAGAGCGUCUCAUGGCUGAUGCUGAGAUGGUUCUUGUCUCCGUCGGCGGUCGUCUCGCCAACGUUAACAACUCUACCGCCAAAACCUUCAUCACGUACAGACGAGCGCAUUCAGGAGCUCCUUGCAAUGCUCUUGUCGUUGUCGAUGUCUGUGUGAUAAUCACGAAUAAAGGAGAGUGCCCACCCCAUGCGUUUUGUAUGAUACCUAAGAAUUUGAAUAAGGGUCUCGUAGGCAGCAGUGUAUUUUUAUGUUACAAAAAGUCAAUGAACCGUCCUCCACUAAUUGCUUACAAACCCGAAGUGUUAUUCAGAUAUCCCACAACAGAACGAAGAAAUCUAUUGUUUCCAACAUCAGUGCCUUUGUUUUGUUUGCCAAUGGGAGCCACGCUUGAACUCUGGCCUAACAAUGCGGCUACACCUAAACCCGUAUUUUCUACAUUUGUACUCACUGUUGCUGAUGCCACUUAUAAGGUGUAUGGCUCAGCAGUAACUUUCUACGAGAACUACCCCCACUCUCGCCUCACAGAGUAUCAAAUGGAGCACCUCGGGUGGCGCGAGGGCGUCUCACAAGCGACGCACUCAGUGCAUGCAAUCAAAUGUAUUUGUUUGUUGUCAAGAUGGCCGUUUAGUGAUACUUUUGAAAAAUGGCUAUUGUAUAUACUGGAAAUGUCUUGGAGUCAAGAACCUUUAAAUAUUCCUGUUGAAAGGUAUAUCACACAUUUAAUAGAAGAAGUACCCUUUCCUGAACCAAGAAUACUACUACAACUAUCACCAACAAAUCAACACGACCGGGUGAUACUAACGCGGCGUGAUGACCAACCUUUGGUGCGAAGCGGGGCCAGCUUUAGACAACUCUUAUUAAAUUUAGGGCAGGACAACUGUCUCCUGGUUCUCGCGCUCGCUAUCACCGAACAAAAAAUUUUAAUACACUCGCUAAGACCUGAUACUUUAACAGCUGUCUCAGAAGCUGUAUCAACACUACUGUUCCCAUUCAAAUGGCAGUGUCCCUACAUACCACUGUGCCCUCUAGGUUUAGCUGAAGUAUUACAUGCUCCAUUGCCAUACCUCAUCGGCGUAGAUUCAAGAUUUUUUGAUUUGUACGAACCCCCACCGGACGUGACGUGUGUCGAUUUAGAUACCAAUAAUAUAACGAUAUGUGAAUCACAACAACAUAUUUCGUUAAAACUAUUACCGAAACGGCAAGCGAGAAUACUACGACACACGCUAGAAGUUUUAUACGCAAGCAUCAGGCCAGCCUCACCAGUUCAUCAAUCUAGUGAAAGUAAAUACAAUGGAGAACCAACAACAAGCUUAGAUAGAGAUUUUCAAAAAAGGAAAAAUGAGCAAGCACUUGAGCUUAAAAUUCAAGAAGCUUUCCUAAAGUUCAUGGCAGUGACGUUACAAGGCUAUCGAGACCACCUUAUUCCUAUAACGAGAGCUCCCACUGUUGGUACCACCGACCCGCACGCUUUGUUUCAAAUGGAUGCCUUUCUGAAAUCUAGAGAUAAGACGCAACAACGUUUCUUUAGCCUAAUGAUGCGAACGCAAAUGUUCACGCGUUUCAUCGAAGAGCGAUCAUUCGUGUACGAGCCAGAUCAAGGGUUAACAUUCUUUGAUGAAUGCAUAGAGAGAGUCGCUGCAGGAGACGACAAACUCUUAAGUAUGGACACGAGUAACGCUUCAGAAAGGACUGCAUUUGUUUUGCCACCGGAUCCACCUGAUCCUGAAGCGACAUACAGUUACGACGUUUUCGAGUUAGACGAGAAGUUGAUGUCGUGUUGCGGCGGGCGCGCCCGCGCCGCGGCGCUGCACGCGCUGCCGCCCGCCGCGCUGCACUCGGCCGAGUCGCUCAACGACGCCGAGCCCAUGGCGCGCCGCACCAAGAACGAGAUAGCCGCCGCCAUGAGAGUAGCCCGCAAAGCGUCUUUAUCUGCAGAGGCGUGGGCGAAGUGUCUACUAGGUGCUUGCUACUCGCUGUAUUUUCUAUCGUUACCGUGUCGAAUGAUAUUGAACCGAGGCAGAGAACAUGCGACGCUGCGGGCUGCGUUUGAACUGUUAGAGCGAGCUACUAAACUCAAAGUGCCUUGUGAUGAGGUGUGUUACCGUGUCAUGAUGCAGCUUUGCGGUAAUCAUUCUUUACCCGUAUUGGCCGUACAACUUCUAUUUUUGAUGAAGAGAGCCGGUCUACUACCAAAUGCUCUCACUUACGGAUAUUACAACCGCUGUGUCCUAGAAGCUACGUGGCCUAAGGAUAUGCCUAGUGGAGCACAACUUCUAUGGAAUAAGCUUCGUAUCGCGGUAGUGGGCGCGGCAUUGUUCCGCAAGGCGGGCGCGCAGAGAGCCAGCAGGGCCGCGGGCGCCACGCUUAACUCUGUCUCGGCCGGCAGCAGCAGCACGUUGCCACGGGUUCGUUCUGCGGCGGCGGUCGGCGAGGGCGGCGAGGGGGGCGAGUUGGCCAACCUCGCUGGGCUCGCCACCUGCGAACCCGCCCACAGCAGGACCAGCCUCGACUCCGGCAGCUGUCGCUCUGCGGAGGCGCGGCGCGGCGCGUUCGAGGCGCUGGUGCGGCGCGGACACAUCGUGCGCGCCACGCCGCACUCGCACGCGCACACACACGCGCACGCGCUCUGCGCCACCGCCGGGAUACUCAUCUCUGGUGUACCGUCAAAUCCUGAUUUAAGUCAAUCAUCAAGACCGAGAAGUAAUUCUCUAUGUAACGACGAUUCCAGCGCUCCCAUUACGAUACCAGAAAAGAUACAGCCUAUACAUGUAAGUCCUGACAGUCCAUCGGAUCUUCGUAUAUUAACACGAUCAGAGAGUUUUGCCGGAGAUGCGCAGAUAGUUCAAAAUAUUCAGAGGCUUACAUUUUCCAAUGCGGGUACACCGACAUCGAAAUCAAGAUGUUCAAGAGCGUUGAGUUUCCCCGAAGAGUCUGAAAUAGAAACCACAUCGGCAGAGAAACCAGACGCGAAUAAGGCUUCACCGCUCAAAGUAUCAGCUCGUACACCAGUACUGAGCGACGAUCCUCUCGGUGCGUUAAGUCAACCGGAGCCGAGUGAAGCUCCUUCCCCUCGGCCGCAGCCCGCAGACGACGAGCCGCCGCUGCCGAAGCACGAGCUGAGUGUCAGCCCCAAGUUGUUCCACCGCCGCAGCAAUAGCUUCCAGGACGAACCACCGGAAUACACAGGGAAACUACACAGAAGUGAGACGGCGCCCGCAGGCACUGUGUCCUCCAGUCUCGUGAGCCUCGGGAACACCCUUAAAAUAAGCUUUGGACGCUAUUCGCCCGCCAGACUGUCGUUGCGCAAGGAAAACAUGAAACUUGGAAAGGCAAUGAUCGAGAAUUACUUCAGUCCAACAAGUAUAGCGGGAAAAAGGUCGAAUGAACUUCUACAAAGUGGUCUUAGCAGUUUAAAGUCAGCUGCUACGAGUAUGGCGAAGAAGUUCGAUGAAAUGAAGGAGGUCAUUUCGGCCAAUUCGACGCCUGUGAAGGGUGCGUUCGGCAAUGCGACCAGUGCAUUCAACAGCUUUAUUGGAGAAGAAGACUCUACUGAUGGAUCAUCAGAAAUGAAUCCAGAAGAGUGGGUGGCCGGUGUAGGAUUCAGACGAGCUUCUAGUGAUGCAGAUCUAGCCUGUGCUAUGGAACGCGGCUCUCUCGCUACCCUAGUGUCUCACCUACCCGACAACUUGUAUCCUGUGCAAAAUGACAACGCCAGCACCGAGAACUACUCAGUGACGGUCCGCAUGUCGUCGUGCUCCCAGUGCCAUCAAUGUCUAGCGUUACUGUACGACGAAGAUAUAAUGGCGGGGUGGGCGGCGGACGACUCGAACCUCAACACGCGCUGCAUCGCGUGCGGACGACACACUGUUCCCCUGCUCUCAGUGCAGGUACUUCGUCCCGAGAAACCGGCUGAAACAUUGAGUGUGCCUUAUUUAAACCCUCUUGUGUUAAGGAAAGAAUUCGAAUCUAUAUUAGGUAUAGAAGGAGACGCGUGUUUGGCAGAUUCUGGCUUUGUUGAAUCACACCCUAUCGUGUACUGGAACUUGGUGUGGUUCCUAGAACGAGCUAAUAUAGAAAAUCAUCUCCCAGAUCUACUGUGUCCAGAUUUCCAGGCCAAAUAUCUGAGUACGGAUAUGUUACAAGACACUGAGAGAACAGGUGGUUGUCGUGUAAUAUGCGCGUGGGAAUGGUCGAGUAGUGAACCUGGCGAGGCGGGUGUGACGCUGCAGCAGGCGUGGCGACAGCGACGUCGCCAACAACGCUCGCGGGCGCUUCAGGCGUUGUUGCUCACCGAGGACGACGCUUAUACCGCUCGCACUAUUGCACUGGCGGUCCUCAACGGUUUGCUGAGCAACGACCUGACAGACCCUCUUCGCAAACUCGCAACGUGGAGAGAAAAUACAUCGAAUAACAAACGAUACCAUUCCUUUUAUAGAGAUAUCCUGUUCCUCGCGAUGGCGGCCCUGGGCGAGCACAACAUCGACCUGACAGCCCUCCAGCGCGAGUACAGCCGCGCGCUGGAGCAGCUCGGCGGCGAGGCGCGGCCGCAGGACCUGCCGCCCUCCAACACCGCCGUGUGCUGCCGACAUUAUUUCAAACGACUCCGACUUCUCGUCGACGAAUAA